GUUCAAAUAGCCUUCUUCUUCUCCAAAAGCUUCAACGAGACAAUACAGAAAAGAAAAUGAACUACUGGUCAGCUGAAAACGCCACUGAAGCUUACAUCAAAACCAUGAAAAUGGGUAAGAGAGCUAAUGAACCAGAUGUUGCAGAGUUCAUAUCAGCCAUUGCAGCAGGAAAUAACGCUCAACUCAUGGUGGUUGCAUGUGCUGAGGCGGCCGGCUCCACCACCCAAGGCCUCAUUGCUGCAUCUCAUCAAACUGGUGGUAGGCUGAUCUGCAUCGUGAAGGGAAUCGAAGAGCUUCACUCUUCCAAGCAAGCUCUAAGCUCAGAUGCGAGCCAAGUAGAGUUUGUUGUAGGAAAUGCUCAAACUCUCUUGUCAAAUGACUACAAAUCUGCCGAUCUUGUGGUUAUCGACUGCAAUCUAGAGAAUCAUGAAGGGAUUUUGGGAGCAAUACAAACUGAGAGAGAAAAGAAUACGAUUGUUUUGGGGUAUAACGCUUUUUGGAAGGAUUCCUGGGUUUGGAGCAGAUUGAACAGUCACUUGUUGCCGAUUGGAGAAGGGUUGUUAUUGAUGAGAAUCGCCGGACAGUCAGGCAAUGGUGGCGGCAAGAACGGUGGCCACGGCGGCAACAAGGGCGGAAGGCCAAGUCAUUGGGUGGUUAAAGUAGAUAAAUGCACAGGCGAAGAGCAUGUUUUUCGGAUCAGAUCACCAGGUGGUAGAGUUGUUCGGGCUUGAAGUUUCUACAUUCUUGUUGCCUUGUUGAAGCUGUUCAUCCGUAAAUGUAUAUAGCCAUAUAUAGCUAGCUUAUACAUAAUCGACUUCUGGGUGUUAAUUAGAUCACCAGAAAGAUUAUCAAUUUGUACUUAUUGUCGAUUAUGGAAUUUGCGCUAUUUUAGAACUUAGUUUUAAUGAAAUUUUGAUUAAGGAAGUUUUGUAUAUCAUGAUUCAUCGUAUGGGUCAUUAUUUCGUGGG